AUGCCGUCGAAGAAGAGAAAAUACAAUGCAAGAUUUCCCGCGGGCCGAAUUAAGAAGAUAAUGCAAACCGAUGAAGAAGUGGGAAAGGUCGCCCAAGCUGUACCAAUCAUAAUCUAUAUCCUUUUCAAAUUAGAGUUUAAGGAAUUAAUUCAAUUUCUAACGAUGCGUAGUACGCGCAGCUGUGACUGUUGUUUACUGUUGCUAUAUGCCUUUUUAUUUUCAUUUUAA